AUGAAAAUCAAGGUCUUAAAUCGAUCGGCGGCGUCGUCGCAGCACCAGCAGCGCAACCACGACCCGGCGCUGCAUCCCUUCGAACGCGCCCGCGAAUACACCCGUGCGCUGCAGGCGGCCAAGAUGGAGCGCAUGUUCGCCGCUCCCUUUGUCGCCCAGAUCGGCGUCGGCCACCAGGACGGCGUCUACUGCCUCGCCAAGGACCUCGAGAACACCGACCGCCUUGCGUCUGCGAGCGCCGACGGCAUCAUCAAGAUCUGGGACCUGUCGACACGGGACGAGACGCAGAAGGCCAAGGCUCACGAGGGCCUCAUCAAGGGCAUCUCGUGGAUCAAGACCCAGGCCGGCCGCUACCUGGUGUCGUGCGGCACCGACCGCAACAUUACCGUCAUGGACGCCGUUUCGGGCGAGGUCACGUCGGGCCUCGGCGACUGCGCCUUCACGUCCAUCACGAGCCACCGCACCGCCCCGACCGCCGUUGUUUCCGGCUCCUCGCGCAUCUUUGUCUACGACCUCGGCCGCCCGACGCCGACUGUGUCCGAGACGCUGGCCUGGCCGCACUCCGUCGACACCAUCACGGCGGUCCGCCUCAACCAGGUCGAGACCAGUCUGCUGGGCUCCUGCGGCAGCGACCGCAGCCUGGUGUUUUACGACCUGCGCACCUCCUCGCCCAUUCACAAGACCGUCCUCAACUUUGCCUGCAACGACCUCGCCUGGAACCCGCAGGAGGCCUUCAACUUUGCCGUCGGCAGCGAAGACUACAACAUCUACCACUUUGACAUGCGCCAGAUGGGCCGCGCCCGCAACAUCCAGCAGGGCCACACCGGCGCCGUCCUGUCGCUCGACUUCAACCCCACCGGCACCGAGCUCGUCAGCGGCUCCUGGGACCGCACCAUCCGCCUCUUUGACGUGCGCAGCGGCCAGAGCCGCGACGUCUACCACACCAAGCGCAUGGCCCGCGUCCACGCCGUCAACUUCACCCCCGACGGCAACUACGUCCUGUCGGGCUCCGACGAGGGCAACGUGCGUCUGUGGCGCGCCCAGGCCGCCUCGCGCCAGGGCAUCAAGUCCACCGCCGAGCGCCAGAAGCUCGAGUACGACGCCACCCUCAAGGAGCGCUACAAGCACAUGCCCGAGGUCCGCCGCAUCCUGCGCCACCGCCACCUGCCCAAGGUCGUCAAGAAGGCCGACCAGAUCAACCAGGAGAUGCUGCGGUCCAUCAAGCGGAAGGAGGAGAACCGCCGCAAGCACAGCGCCAAGAAGGACGGCAAGCGCACGGCCGCCCGCGACAAGGUCGUCCUGGCCAAUGUGGAAUGA